AUCGACGGCCAUCUUUGUGAAAGCUACCGAAAUUUGCUCCUUUGAAUAGGGCAAAUAACAAUCUCUGAUGGGCAACAAAUCACUAUGGCAGCUGUAGACAAUAAAUUUCAGUUUGUGAAACAAGUAGCAAAGAAAUCAACUAGCAAGCCACCUGUAUGCCUCAACAGUGGGGACUCAAAUAAUGGAUUAUCAACCCUUACUUACAACAGCCUUAAUGGGAGUUCUAGGAAUGAGGACCAUUUAAGGACUAUGUCAUCCACAGGCGAAGACAGUGAAGACGAUAUGGAAGAAAUCGACAACAGGAUAAUUCCUGAAGAAGAAACUGAGACAAUGAGUAUAAAUGGAACAGAUUCUGUGUCCAAUCAAGCAAAUUCUUCAGAUUCAAACUCUCACCAAAUGAAGCGUGUAAAAGCAACAGCAAGAAAGUCAAUGAAACCUUCAGCGACAGCUCAACAACAAAUAGCCGACAUAGAAAAAAGACAGGCAGAUAUGCUGGCCAUUGCACAGAAUGGAAAUGAUUCAAGCCAAGCUAGUGAAUUGAAUAAUACAGACACAAAUGACACAAAGGAGUCUAAUGGUAUAACCAACAACACAAAUACAAAUACAGUCAGUUCGGACAACAUUGAUGAUUCAAAUAAUAGCAGUUCCAAAAGUGCACAAAAUGACCCCAAGUUUAAAAUAUUAGGAAAAAUAAGGACAUCUUUUAAGGGUAUUUUAAAUACAAUAACUAAACCAGAGGUUAGUUCAACUAACUCAGAUGACACUACAAAUGACUUAGAUAAUGAGCCCCCUGCCAAAAAACUUGCUAUAUUUGAACAAGAGGAAGUGGCUCAUGCACCAGAAAAGUCAUCUUCAUUAGACAGCUGUGAUAAAGAAGUCCAACGUACACUUGCAGGAGCAUUUGAAGAAGACCCAGACUCCAACAGUACAUCUCAGGAUAACUAUUCUGCUAAUGAUAGUAGCACAAACGAUGUCCGUAGCACAACUAAUGAACUUCCAAGCAUAACUAAUGAGGUCCCUAAUCUAAAUAAUGGUAGCUGGGAUAAGCUGGGUGCUGAUAGUGACAGUGAGAUAAAUCCAAUUGAAGUUGUUGAUGAAACUCAAGAAUUUAUAGAAGAUAUUAAUGAUACUCUUAGUGCAAAUCAAACCGACACUGAUAAGAAAGAUGAAGAUCCUCUAGGGGGAGCAACCCAAGAACUUAUUAAGGAUAUAACUGAAGCGUUCAAAUCUAAUCAAACUGAAUCAGAUGGAAGUGUUAAGAUAAAUGAUAUGAAUUCUUCAGACACUAACAACACAGAGGAUGACCUUCUACUGGGUGAUAAUGAAAAUGAUGAAUUAAAUGACAAGCCAACUGAAGAUGACGAUGCUCUGUUAGACCAAGAAGAUGAGGCUAAAAGUGAAAACAUUAAGUCACACCAAAGUGCUAGUAAUUUAUCAGAGGACGAAGCAGUCAGAGAAAGCAUGGAGCGUAGUGUUGAAGAAAAAGUAGGUGUACACAAUGCUGUUGAGGAAAUUAAUGAUGAAGAUCUGGACAAUAUGGGGGAGGAUGACAUCAUGGGUGAUAUUGAAUGUGAAGCAGAAGUUGAUGAUGAUGGGGAUGAAUUCAUGGAUGCGUUGACUGGAUUACAGGAAGAUGAACAAGACAAAGUCAGUAAUUUGGAUGAUUGUAAUUCUGAAACAGGAGAAAAUAAUAUUGAAGCAAAACUUGGCUCUGAAAAACCUAUCAUCAGUGAAGCUCUGGAAGAGUUAUCCCAGUCUGAAAUGCAAGUUGAAAGUAAUGAAGUCUUAUCUAAAACUGUUGAGUCACCAUCUGAUAUUGUUGAGUCAUCAUCCGAAACUGCAGUCUCUUUUCCUAAGAAUAUUGAGUCACCAUCUGAAAUUAUAGAUUCACAAUCAGAAAAUAGUAGUAAGUCACUAUCUGAAACUCUGG